UUCUUCAUCCCGCACACUUAUAUGCGUAACCAGAAUAAUCACAACGGAGCCGAUAUUCCAUCGUCCUUGAGUGACAUUGGAAUAUUAGAGCCCAGUUUGUUAUCGCGGUUAAACGCAUCAUUUAUACUGACUUGAUUAGAACUUCGGUUUCUUUGAAAGUGUCAGUUCUACUCAUUCAGUUUUCAUUUCGGAGCGUUUUUAUAUUUUUAUUCCAUUUAUUUCUGAUAAAAAUGUCGAUUGUUGAAAUUCAAACGAAAAUUUAUGAUGAUCAGAAACCGGGAACCUCGGGUCUUCGUAAAGCAGUGAAGGUAUUUCAACAAGAGCAUUACACUGAGAAUUUUAUUCAAGCCAUUCUCACAACCCUCGGACAUGAGAUAACUGGCGCAACACUAGUCGUCGGUGGUGACGGACGUUAUUAUGUAAAAGAAGCCGUUGAAAAAAUUAUUAGAAUUGCAGCGGCCAAUGGGGUAGGAAAAUUAAUCAUUGGUCAAAAUGGGAUAUUAUCUACACCCGCAGUUUCGACUAUAAUCCGCAAAUACAAAACUCAUGGUGGAAUUGUUCUCACCGCAUCGCACAAUCCCGGCGGUCCAAAUGCUGAUUUUGGGAUUAAAUUCAACUGCAACAAUGGAGGACCAGCCCCUGAUCAAGUGACGAAUCAAAUCUAUGACCUCACCAAAUCCCUAAAAUCCUACAAAAUAGUUCCCGAUAUCAACAUUGACAUUUCUAAAAUCCAAACUCACAAAGUAUUAGUCGCUGGAAAUCCUUUUGUCAUCGAUGUUGUGGAUGCCGUGGAAGAUUAUGUGGCGUUGAUGAAAGAAAUAUUUGAUUUUCCAAGUAUUAAAUCGCUUCUGCAAGGCAACAAGGACAAACCCAAGUUUCAAGUACUCAUCGAUUCCCUCAACGGAGUGACUGGCAUAUACGUCAAACGCAUAUUCGGCGUUGAACUUGGUGUCGAUGAUGCGUCUAUGGUACACGCCCAACCCCUUGAAGAUUUCGGAGGUCUCCAUCCAGAUCCUAAUUUAACUUAUGCCGCCGAUCUCGUCAACAGUAUACGAAAUGGUACCCAGGAUAUGGGAGCGGCAUUCGAUGGUGAUGGUGAUAGGAAUAUGAUAAUUGGAAAGAAGGCAUUCUUUGUUACACCGUCAGACUCCAUUGCUGUGUUGGCAGCUAAUUUGGAUAUCAUACCGUACUUUCAAAAGACUGGGAUCAAGGGAUACGCACGAUCAAUGCCUACAGGUGCUGCUAUAGAUCGGGUGGCUGCUAAAAAAGGAAUUGAAUGCUUCGAGGUACCAACUGGAUGGAAAUAUUUCGGUAACUUGAUGGAUGCUGGCCGUCUGUCUCUUUGUGGAGAAGAAAGUUUUGGCUCUGGUUCUGAUCACAUUCGAGAGAAAGACGGUAUCUGGGCAGCUUUGGCAUGGCUCAAUGUGAUAGCCAAACUUAAUAAAUCAAUUGAAGAGAUUUUAAAAGAUCAUUGGAAUGCUUACGGUCGAAAUUUUUUCACACGUUAUGAUUACGAAAAUUGUGACAUCGAUGGAGCGCGUAAAGUGAUGACAGAAAUUGAGAGAAAAAUCGAUGAUCCGAGUUUUAAAGGCACGAAAUUCGAAUGCGGUAGUAAAAUUUAUGUUGUCAAAGAAGCAGAUAAUUAUUCGUAUAAGGAUCCCAUCGAUGGAAGUGUCGCUACGAAACAGGGUUUACGAAUUCUCUUCGAAGAUGGGUCACGCAUAAUCUAUCGGCUAUCCGGCACUGGAAGCUCGGGUGCAACUAUCAGAUUUUACAUCGAAAGUUAUGAGUCAGAUCCCAAAACCUUCGAUAAAGACACACAACAAGUGUUGCAGCCCCUCGUCGAGAUUGGCCUUGGACUGGGGAAAAUCAAAGAAUUCACUGGCCGCGAUGCUCCCACAGUCAUCACAUAAAUCAACUUAAAUUUAUUUUCUCCCAAUUUCCCUCAUUUUAUUUGGAUCUCCAUGAUUAAUCUACCAAUCCCAUUAACUUCCGUUGAAAGUGGUAAAAUGGAACAUGUCAAAGGUACUCAUAUGUAAUUGAAAGUUAAUUCUUUCAUAUCCGAUAAAAUUUUCAAAUAAAUACCUUUUCUGCCGGGGCA